CCCGAGUGUUCCUCGCGUUCGCCUGCGCCUAGCUAGCUAGGUAUUCACCUCGAGACAGAGCGUGGAGUUUUGUGGAGUAGUGACAAGAAAAUGGCGGAGUGAGUGGGUUGCGCUUUGAAGGAAAGCAGCGACCCUAGGUUUCCGUAAAAUAUAAUACGAACAAAGGAGAAUCACAUUUUAAAAAAUAACUUUCAUCGGAAAUUUGACAAACAACAACAACAUUGCCCCUCUCGCGGAGGUGGUUCAAACAGAUUAUCGAACGGGGCUUCGCAGGACCACUGGUGUCAUUUCGAUACCUCGACGCUAGCUGGCUAGCGACGAGGCACUGGGCGACGGAUAAACAAGGCACAUUAGAAGUGUUUUCAGACGAAUUAUUUGGCCAUUUUCGUGAUAUGUUGGGUUUAUUUUUGUCAAUAUUUUUUAACUAGCUAGCUAGUGAAUAACGCAUGAAAAGAAACAACGUCUGUUCUAGCUCGCUAACAUUACAUUGUUUCAAGUACAUAGCACACGACCAACCAGGACUGUAUGUUCACGUUAAUGUUCUGAUAACGAGCUGGCCAAGUAGGGGAACCGACGGAGUAGUCCCAGAGAAUACUAUUUUAAACUGAUUGGGGUUGCUCGUAUUUUGAGGAUAUGGCAAGCAGCAGCGGCUCAAAAGCCGAAUUCAUUGUCGGUGGAAAAUACAAACUUGUCAGAAAAAUUGGAUCUGGAUCAUUUGGUGACAUAUACCUGGCGAUCAACAUCACAAAUGGAGAGGAGGUAGCUGUAAAAUUGGAAUCUCAGAAAGCCAGACACCCACAGUUGUUAUAUGAAAGCAAGCUGUACAAAAUAUUACAAGGAGGAGUUGGAAUCCCACACAUACGGUGGUAUGGCCAAGAAAAGGACUACAAUGUCCUAGUGAUGGACCUGCUGGGACCCAGUCUGGAAGACCUCUUCAACUUCUGCUCGCGCAGGUUCACAAUGAAAACUGUACUAAUGCUCGCAGACCAGAUGAUCAGCAGAAUCGAGUAUGUGCAUACAAAGAACUUCAUUCACAGAGAUAUCAAGCCAGACAACUUUUUAAUGGGUAUUGGCCGUCACUGUAACAAGUGUUUAGAAUCUCCAGUGGGGAAGAGGAAAAGAAGCUUGGCUGUUAGUUCUUCUCAGGACCCAUCUUUCUCAGGAUUAAACCAGUUGUUCCUCAUCGACUUUGGUCUGGCCAAAAAAUACCGGGACAACAGGACACGACAGCACAUACCGUACCGAGAAGACAAGAAUCUCACCGGCACAGCACGCUAUGCCAGCAUCAACGCGCACCUGGGCAUCGAGCAGAGUCGCCGAGAUGACAUGGAGUCGCUAGGCUACGUCCUGAUGUACUUCAACAGAACCAGCCUGCCCUGGCAGGGACUAAAGGUAGGCCAGGCUGCCACAAAGAAACAGAAGUACGAGAAGAUUAGCGAGAAGAAGAUGUCCACUCCAGUCGAGGUGUUGUGUAAGGGUUUCCCAGCAGAGUUCGCCAUGUACCUGAACUACUGCCGUGGGCUGCGGUUCGAGGAGGCACCUGACUACAUGUACCUGCGUCAGCUGUUCCGCAUUCUCUUCAGGACCUUGAACCACCAGUACGACUACACAUUUGACUGGACGAUGCUGAAGCAGAAAGCAGCCCAGCAGGCUGCGUCCUCAGGGGGACAGGGGCAACCGGCACAAACCCCCACAGGCAAGCAAACUGACAAACCCAAGAGUAACAUGAAAGUCUCUACCCUCCCUCUCGUAGAGGGUAUCCCGGGUGCCCAGGGUUGAUGGCAGAGGAGUCAACCCAAUUUUUCAAAAAACCUGAAGCAGUUUUCAUCAGGUUUCUGAGCAGUAAGACAAUGAAAUGAAGCAGAGCAGAGUGGCCGUAGCAGGAUUUGCCUUCCAAUCACACCCCGGCAUCCAGGAUCAAAUUCACCAGAACCUGCCAGGCAUUGUGGGCAACCCUUUUUUCCUGUUAAAGAACUUUCCUUCCAUAUACUAUAUAUGUAAUCGCUCUAUAUAGAUAACAUGCUCUGCAUAUAUCUAUAUAUUGGUAUGUAUAUACUAUAUCCACACAGGAAGCAGGCUUGGUAUGGAAUUUUCCGAAGCUGUAUCCUUUGUCCUGUCCCUGAAGAUUUUUUGUGUUUCUUCAAAACGGAAAACUAAGAAAUGGUUGGCUCACUGCGGAUGUAAUUGUGCACCUGCCAAUACUUUUCCCUUGAUACUUUCUCCCUCUGAGAGCUGCUGUUUGGGGGCCUCCCUCACCUCAUGGCUGCCUGUCAGAGCAGCUUUGCCCCCAUUCCCUCUGUCACCGAGCGUGGCAUGACGACCCAGACAGUCAGUCAGAUUGAACAUUUGAAACAACCAUUAUCUCUUCCUUAUUCAACUUUUUUCCCCUCAUUCUCAAGCAAAAUGAAAGAUGUAAACUGAAACAGUUUCCUUUAUGAAUGAAUCCUGGGUAUUUACUAAAGCAAACAUUGGAUUUAUUUUGUUUUCAUCAAAAAGGUAAUUAAGAUUCUGCCUGCUGAUAUGUGCUAGAAGAGCUUCUAAUGUGAAGAUGAAAACACUAGGUUUCUCUUUAGAACGCUGCAUUAAUAUUGUACUUGGUAUUCUGAAGUCUUGAACAAUGAAUAAAAAAGAUGAACUCCACAAAAGCAUAUUCAUUAUAAAUUAGGCACGACUUGACUAAACCUGUUUGUGAAUUGCUUAGAAAAAUUAUGCAUCAAUUAAAUUAAUGGCCUCAAUGUUCUGUUUUUGAGACCGACAAACGUGCUCACUCCACCCGCCCUUCCAGUUAUAUUUAUAUAUAUAUACUUUCAAAAAAAAUCAGAACUUUUUUUCAGUUUUAUAGAGUUGUCUUUCCCUGUAUUGAAUUGAUCAUUUUGGGGAAAGGGUGUUUUUGUUGCUUCUUCCUACGGGGAAGCAGAUCCUGUUGUAAAAUACUCUGGGACUUUCUCUCUGCAACUACAUAUUGCUGCUGCUUAGAGUAGCAACCGUUUCCUCAUUUUCGUUUUUUUUAUUGCAAAGAAAGUGUUGGAGGGUUUAUUUUCUAUAUACUUUUGAGUCUUGUAAGGCAAUAACCAUUUGGAUUUCUGUCAGCCUUUAGUCACAACAGAUGCACCCCAGGGGCUGUUUGUCCCCCCCUCCCCCACAUUAUUCCCCCUGACCCAGCAUUAGCUAUUUUACAGCUGGACAUUCUAUAAAAGUGUAAUUUAUUCCCUUUUAGCAUGUCAGAAUAAAUUCUAAUGACUUGUCAGAACCACUGUCCCAGUCUGUAAUUUGAAGAACACACAGACUUCUGCCUUAGGCCUGGAUGAUGAUAGCUGUUGGGGGAAAAAACAAGUAUUUUUUGCUUUCCAUUUGCUUGUCUUUACACAUUUACCUGUUGACUACCACACAACCCUAGUAUUGUGAGCAUUUGGAAACUUGAGACAUCGGCAGGAUUGGGGAUAGAUAAGGAAAGACUUUUGUUCAAAGAUAUCACACUCAAAGAUUGCUUGAGACAAAGGGACACAUUUGUGGAAAUGGUCUAAAAAGGUAUUGCUAUCUAGAAAAUUCAAUUCCUGUGAAAUUAUAUUGUUGGGGUGGUGGGUAGUUGUAGGUGCUUGUGGUGGUGUUUUGAAAAAAAAUCUUCCAGGAUUUAUAUCUGUAAAUAUUAAAAUGGCUUCAAAUGGC